AAAAGAUGAAAAAAAUUCACCAUGAUUUUAGUUUAUGUGUUUAUGAUUUGAAGUGUGAUUAUACAAUAAAUUUGGAUUUUUAAAGCUAUUAUUAAGAUACCUUAAAUUAAAUAUAUGGUGCUGGUUUAUUCCAUUGACCUUUAGAUAACUUCUUAAUUCACAACUCAGAGAGGCAGAUACUUGCUUCCUGUUGCUUCCUUUGUUCUUGAAGCCCAAUUCUCUUCUGCUUGGAUUUGGAACCUCAAUUUCCUUUGACUUGUUUGUUCAUUUUCUCUUGAAUAUUCAUCGAAAUCCCAUCCAAAACGUGGUUUUUUUAUUUUUGGUUUUUUUUUUCUUUCACGUUCAAACGUCUCAAAACUCUCAAAAGAAGCACACAUAUCUCGAAGAAAUGGUAGAAUUUAAGACCAUCAAGAAGAAAAUGUGGAUGUUUCUUGUUAAACUUUCUUCUGCUUAAACUAUCUCCCUGGACUUGUCCUGUUGCGUAAUGGAAGCUGUCAUCAUAACAGACAUAGCACUGAUCAACAACAAAAAGAAAGUCGUUAGCCAUCAAAACUUCCCUCUCCCAAAGCUCUCCUUCUGGUUCGCUCCAACCACACGUCCUCCUGGUCUCCUCUCUUUCACUUCUGGCUCGUAGAAUAACCAACAGAUACUAGAAACUCGUGAGAUCCUUGUUUUGUUUUUCUGUUUUGUAUGGCUGCUUACUUUUUCAACAAUAACUUUUCAUCUGGGGAUUGCUAUUCCGGUUUCUUUGAUCCGUUUUCACGUGAUUUGGGUCCAUGCAAUGGAAGCCCCCGUGGUGGUUCUCUGUCGGUGUCAGAGACCCUGGUUUUGGAUAGUGAGAAAGGAGAGCUGGUGAAGGCGCCGGUGAAAGUAGGAAAGAAAAGCGUAUCGGAAGAGAAGGUUAUAGCGGCUUUGAAGAGUCACAGCGAGGCAGAGAGGAGGAGGAGAGAAAGGAUCAAUGCUCAUCUUGAUACGCUCCGCACUCUCUUGCCCUUCACAGAAAAGAUGGAUAAAGCCACAUUACUUGGUGAAGUACUUAAGCAAGUUAAAGAGCUGAAGAAGAAUGCAACUGAAGCCAGUAAAGUUUUUCUUGUUCCAAUGGAUGAUGAUGAGGUGAGAGUUGAACCAUGUGAUGAUGAAGCCAAUGGGACAUUUUGUUUUGAGGCAUCAAUCUGCUGUGAUUAUAGACCUGCACUUCUAACUGACCUACGACAAGCCCUCGAUGCCCUUCCAAUUAAGAUUGUAAAGGCUGAAAUAUCAACCUUGGGAAGUCGGUUGAAAACUGAUUUCGUUUUUUCUGGCUGCAGAAGUACUGCACAUGUUGAUGAUGCUGAGGCACGACGAUUCCUUGCAUGUUCCAUUCAUCAGGCCCUGAAUUCUGUCCUGGAGAAGGCUUCUGCUUCACCAGAAUAUUCACCAUGUUCAACAUUCCCAAACAAGAGGCCAAGGAUCUCCUACUUUGAUUCCUCGAGCUCAUCUUCAUAAAAUAUUAGCCCUAUAGUUUCCUUUGUGUCAAUGGACACUGCGAGAUCUCUUUUAUGGUUGUCUGAUAUGUCUGCAAAGCUUGGUUUGAAAUACUAAAAAAAAGCAUGUAAUAUCUACAUAUAUUAUACGCUUACAAUGUAUCCUGAAAUGCCAAAACACUUUCAAAUGGCAUAAUAUUAAACAGUAUUCGUGUAUGUACUCUUAUCAUAACAUCUUAUAUAAAAUCAUGAUAUGCUUGUGUUUGUGUGAUAAAGGAAAAAUAUAUAAAAAAUGA